AUGGCACCGACCAGCACCAGAGCUACUGGCUCGCCCGCCAACCACAUAGCUCCCCCCUUCCAGGGCCGCCGCCCCGGCAUCCCAACCCUGCCCGCUGCAGCACCGAGGGAAACAAGAAACACCGCCGCGAGGUUCGACCUACAGACCCCAAAGAAGGCCAGAGAGGCAGCCGCCGGCCACCAUGGCCGCCGGGUACCGGAUCCGGGGCAAGCCGGGCUGGCGAGGCCCGGGACCCCCUGCCCCAACCCGCACGCGGGCGGCCGGGGAGGCCACCCAGCUCACGCCUCGCCCUGCUCCAUCCCCGAAGGCCUCGCCACCGCCGGCCCCGCCCGGCCGUGGCCGCCGAGCUCGCGCCGCCGUGCUCGACGCCCGAUCCCGCCGCCGGCCGAGCUCGCGCCGCCCGGCGCCGCGACGCCUCCGCCGGAGCCGCCGCCGCCCGAGUGCGCCCAGCACACGAGCCACCACGCCGCUGCAGGUGCAGCCGCGCCGCCACGCCCCUGCCAGCGUCGCGCCCCUUCGCGACGAGACCGCCCGCGCCGGCGACACCGCGAGGAGGGAGAGGUGCCCCGCCGCCGCCGGCGCCCCGAGCUUCGCCCGGCGGCGCCCUCCUGGCGGCGGCGAAGCGGGGGAGGGGGAGAAAAGCUCUGGCGGCGGCGGCGAUUUAGGGUUUCGCCCUGGGACUCGCGGGAGCCCAGGGACGAAACGUUUUCGCUCUGA